UGCAGAUGUGGAGCCCUCAGCCAGUGGAGCCAUGUUGGACCAGGGGAGUGUGCUGGCAGCCUGGGUGUCUGCUGUAAUUUUACUGUCAUCAGAGAUGUACCUUUAUUAUAGUAAAUUAUACAAAUAUAAGCUGAAACAUUUGAGUUUUCUCCUGUGCAGAUGUGGACCCCUCAGCCAGUGGAGCCAUGUUGGACCAGGGGAGUGUGCUGGCAGUCUGGGUGUCUGGUGCAGUCUUACUCUCGCUGGUGGUGCUCACCAUCGUCUGUCUCUGCUGCAAGGAUCGCAGGUUUAAGGACCUUAACGAGGAUGUUGCGGAGGUUUCGGGGAGUUCCAUGUCCCCGAUGUCGGACAUGUUCGCCCCCAUGGCAUCCUUCACCAACAGCCCAGUGGAGAUAGAGCCACUCCCUGAUAUAACUGUCCUCUCUCACAGUGGUCCCCAGUCCCCCAACCCCGUACUGUCUCCCUUUGGAUCUCAUCCUGUAGCUGCUAGAGGUGUGAGAAAGACCAACUUUCCUCGAUCACAGCUGAGCUAUGUGGCCGAGAUCGGAAACGGCUGGUUUGGAAAGGUGCUUGCAGCCGAGGCGAGCGGGUUGAUGCCAGGUGAGCAGAAGUCUCACGUGAUCGUUCGGCAGCUCAAGACGUCUGCAGGUCCUGAGGAGCAGGCUGUCUUCCUACAGGAGCUGCAGCCAAACAGGGAGCUCCAGCACCCAAACCUGUUGGUGGUUCUGGCACAGUGUCUGGAGGCCAUGCCGUUCCUGCUCAUCAUGGAGUACUGUGCCAUGGGUGAUUUGAAAGGUUACCUGGUUCGACAGCGUAGAGAGGCCCAGACCCUGGCCCAGAAGGGCACACUGCUGAGGAUGGCGUGUGACAUGUCAGCUGGGCUCCACUUCAUGCACCAGAACGGAUUCACUCAUGGUGACCUGGCCCUGAGAAACUGUAUGGUCGGCAGUGACCUGACCGUGAAGAUUGGAGACUACGGCUUGUCUCAUGAACGGUACAAGGGUGACUAUGCUCUUGUGAACCAGACUGAGCUGGUUCCAGUCCGGUGGAUGGCGCCGGAAACGGUGCGGCUGUCGGGCGGUCAGGUCCGCCUGCUGGACACCACCACACAGGCCAACGUCUGGUCCUUUGGAGUGUGCCUGUGGGAGUUGUUGGAGCUGGGCAGACAGCCGUACUCUGGCCUGAGUGACCAGGACGUGCUGGUGGAGGUCAUCACAGAACAGACAGUAAGACUGCCACAGCCUGUACUGGACAUCCUGCAUGCAGACAGAUGGUAUGAGUUGAUGCAGUUCUGCUGGCUGAGUGCUGAGGAGCGCCCGUCCAUGGGCGAGCUCUACUCCCUCCUCUCCUACCUUCGCCACCAGAAAGAGGAACUUGACGCGGCCGAGUUCGAGCGCAAGUGGACCACCAUGAAGCCGCGGGACACCGUGGCGUCCCUCAACGACUCGAAGCUGGCGCUGAACGGUUCUGCGGUGUCGAGUUCCCCCGACCUGGUGAUGUCACACCUCCGCGGCAGCAGCCACAGUCUGAACGUGUCGGUCACGUCGCAGGACAGCCGGCUGUCUGGUGCAGAGGACACCGAGCUACUCCUUCCCAGUCCCAGAAAGUAAAACUGUGGUUUUAUGGGAACUCCUUGUUCUUCUUACUUUCCCUUUAAGAAACCUAUUGGUUCUUUACUCUCAGACUGUUACUUUUCAAUUCGGUAACCAACACAAACUUGGUGACAAAUGGUUAGCUUAGCGGACUAAUGGUUUAGAACAGGAAGGGUGGUAAAGGUGUUCUUAAAUGGCCUUUCCCCUGAUGUAAGGAAACAUCCCGCAUGAACCCUUUCGUGAACAGGACAUCUAGAUCUUAGUGAGGUGUUUUCUCUCAUUGUAGGUUUUGUCCUGCAAACUUUUCUGGACUACUCUUGAAGUAGAAUGUCUAGAAAGUCUGCGUUAGCUGAGGGUAUUGGUGGUAACAUCUGCAUGAAGUGCAAGGUGGCUACAC